AUGAACAAAACUUGGUAUGAUGGCGACCCUUAUAUUUUGGCAAACAUGGCAACACAAAUUGUGUAUCUAGAUGACCCUAAAGCCGGAAGCGGUUGGAACGUUGUUCAAAAGAUGGAUCACAGGAACGUGUAUGCUAUACCAGAACUAGACCCAACUGACAACGACGUCGACAAUGUGGGCUGA